AUGAAAAACAAAUAGCAUAAAAAGAAAAUUUUUAAGUUUGUUGAAAUUUUCAAAGAAAUCUUAGAAGUAAUACUCAAGAAUAUUGUAGUAAUCUGAGUAUGCAUAAAUUAUUACAUGGGAUAAUGAUGGUGAAAAAAUUAAGAUUUUUGAUAAAUCUAAGUUAUAAUAAGUAGUUCUACCCAAACAUUUCAAGCAUGGAAAUUAUUCUAGUUUUCUAAGGUACUCGUAAAUUUGAAAUCUAAGAUAAUUGAAUCUUUAUGGUUUUAUAAGUUGUAAGGAUGAGAAUGGUGUAUUAACUUAUGAAAAUCCCUAUUUUACGAAAAAGGAAGUUCAGAUGAGGAAGAUACAAAAAAAACAAUAGUUUUCAAUCGAGAAACAGACAUCGGAUGACAUCUUCAUGACUGAGUAUGAAGAUUUAAAGAAAACUAUUAUAGAUUUGAAGGAGGAAUAGAUGAAAAUUUAAUAAAAGCUAAUUCAGUCAGUCUAGCAUUAGUAGUAAUGUCAUUUGCAUUGUAAAUCAAUUAUAGAUGUAAGUGUAUUUGAGAGCUUUUAAAUAGUAAUUGCUAACAAUAAAGGAAAUCCAAAUAAGAAGGGGUACAUUCUUUAUUGAUAGUGUAAAGAUGAUAGUGAGGGCAAUGAAACCUGAGACGUGUAUUCUAUGAAUGUUAUUUAAGCUGCUUCAUUUGAGUACUUGAUCAAAUGUGUUUUUCCGAAGGAGUAUGAUGUUGUGGAUAUUGAAUCGAAGGAGGAGGGAGUAAUAGAGUAGUAAUAGUAUCUUAAUUCUCCAGCUCCAUUCGGGAAGGGAGUAAUUGAUAAGAUAGGGGAGUAUUUAAAUCAUAAAAAUGAGGAAUUCAAUCCUGAAGCUUUGGAACCAGUUUGGUUUUGCGGUUAUUGUGAGCAGGAUUUUAAUUUUUUUGGUUUUGAAUUGUGA